AACAAGCCAGCGUCAAGCUCAACAACGUCACUCGGCCAUUGAACCACCGCCCGCCAUCCCAUCGCUCAACCUCACCCGAUAUCUCGACGAUAAAUCAUGGCCCUCAUCCGCGCUGCUGUCGCGCCCCUGCGCGCCGCACGCUGCCUUCGACAGCCCCUCUCCUCCAGAGGCUUCUCCGUGUCCGCCCGACGACAAGGAGGUGGUGGCUCGCACCAAUUCGACCCUCCCACCGGUUGGCUUUGGGGUGUUAAGCCUGGCGAGAAGGCUGAGCCCGAGGGCUGGGAGUGGCCUACCUAUAUCCUUCUCGGAAGCCUUGCCGCCACUGCUGUAGCGCUCGCCUUCAAGCCUGAUACUACUGUUUCUACCUGGGCCCUCGAGGAGGCACGAAGAAGGUUAGAGGAGGAGGGAGUUCUGCCCGACCCAUCCAAGCAGGGCAAGAAGAACUAAGCCGAAGAUUUUGACAUACGAAGAGUGAAAGUUGGUCAAUUGUACAUGUUAUUUGCAUUUGAAGAAUGGUAUUGCUAGACGUGCUGGGGUUCUGCCGUCUAAAACGGGUCUGUGACAUAACCUCGGACUUUCUUUAGCAUUGCUGAUUGUAAGCCUUAACAAGCAAUUGUGGCAAAGCAAAUAUUUGAUGUUUCUUUUCUUGUGAG